CCCUGAAAAAAAAAAUCUCGCGUCCCUUAUCAGGCCCGCCGAUUCGGCGAAUGCCCGGCACAAUACGGUCGCGCGUAUGCCACUUGCACACCUCUAGCGCAGCGAGUGAUGAGUUGUUCGCGGUAUCGAUACGAGAUCCGGACAGACGUCGCCUAGCGAAUCACCCAGCCAAGUCGCUCGCUCAGUGUCUCUCGAUCGAUUCGCAACGACGAUGGGCAACGGACACUUCAAAGACAACAACGCGCAACGAAACGGCAGGAUGACCCAGAGCAGUUGCCAGCCCGACUGUAGGAAGAGCAAAGCGUCAACGAUGUCGAGCUUGGAGCGCGAUCAGCUGGGCCAGCGAGGUAGCGGCGACGCGGCCUGCGCCGGCCUUCUGCGUGGCCUCGACCACAUCAGGGACCCGCAGCUGAACAAGGGCAUGGCGUUCACCAUCGAGGAAAGGCAGAUGCUGGGUAUACAUGGUCUCCUACCGGCAGCCGUGAAAACCCAGGCAGAGCAGUUAGAGCUCUGCCGUCUUAAUCUGGAACGCUAUACGGACGAUCUCUCGAAAUACAUAUAUCUCAUAGGCCUACUGGAUAGAAACGAGAAACUCUUCUACCGUUUGUUGGCAGAAGACGUAGGUAAAAUGAUGCCGCUGGUGUACACGCCAACCGUGGGUCUGGCAUGUCAGAAAUUCGGUCUGGUUUAUCGUAGGCCGCGCGGCCUCUUCAUAAGCAUCCACGACAAGGGGCACGUGUACGACGUCUUGAAGAACUGGCCCGAACACGACGUGCGGGCGAUCGUCGUCACGGACGGUGAAAGGAUAUUGGGAUUGGGGGAUCUGGGUGCUCACGGCAUGGGCAUUCCCAUAGGCAAAUUGUCACUGUACACCGCAUUAGCUGGUAUCAAGCCCCACCAGUGUUUGCCUGUGACUCUGGAUGUCGGUACCAAUACUCAGUCUUUGCUGGAUGAUCCUCUGUAUAUUGGUCAUAGGCACAGACGGGUAACCGGGCAAGACUACGACGACUUCGUGGACGAGUUCAUGAAGGCUGCCGUGAAGCGAUACGGCACGAAUACACUGAUCCAGUUCGAGGACUUCGGGAAUUUUAACGCGUUCAGGCUGCUGCAGAAGUACCGCAACAAUUAUUGCACCUUCAACGACGAUAUUCAGGGCACUGCCUCCGUCGCCGUUGCCGGGUUACUGGCAUCUCUUCGCGUUACGCAGACGAAGCUCUCGGAAAACACGAUCGUGUUUCAGGGUGCCGGAGAGGCGUCGCUGGGUAUUGCGUCGUUGUGCGUAAUGACAAUGCAAAAGGAAGGAGCAACCGAGGAGGAAGCCAAGAGCAAAAUCUGGAUGGUAGACUCGAAAGGAUUGAUAGUGAAAGAUCGGCCAAAGGGCGGACUGACGGAGCAUAAAUUGAACUUUGCUCGCGAGGGCAAUCCGAUCGAUAGUCUGUUGGAUGUUGUCAAGACCGCCAAACCCUCGGUUAUCAUCGGCGCAGCUGCUAUCAGGGGUGCCUUCACCACAGAAAUACUGAGGGAAAUGGCGCGUAACAAUGAGACACCCGUUAUCUUCGCUCUGAGCAAUCCAACGAGCAAGGCAGAGUGCACCGCUGAAGAGGCGUACAUUGCUACAGAGGGAAGAUGCAUAUUCGCGAGCGGCUCGCCUUUCCUGCCAGUGACGUACAACAAUAAGACUUACAAUCCUGGCCAGGGUAAUAAUAGCUACAUAUUCCCUGGAAUCGCGCUGGCCGCGAUAUGCGCCGGUAUGCGCACAAUUCCCGAGGAGACUUUUCUCAUUGCCGCGACAGCUCUGUCCGAUUUGGUAACGCAAGCCGACUUGGACAGCGGAAAUCUUUAUCCGCCGUUGGCCGAUAUACAGAAGUGCUCGCUGAGUAUAGCGUGUGCGAUCAUGAAAUAUGCAUACGACAACUGUCUAGCGACUGUCCAUCCCGAGCCUACGGAUUACGAGAGUUUCAUCAAGGCGCAACUGUACGAUCCAAGCUACAAGUCGUCCAUACCUACAAUUUACUCGUGGCCGAAAUUAUAAUACUUCUAUUAAUUUAACAACGUCCUAAUUUCACGCACGAUUUAUCUCGGGCCUAUGGAAAAGAAAUAUAUAUAAUGUUCGAGGGAAUUCUUCGGGAAACAAAUUUUCCUCGCUUUUCUAAAGCCUGUUGAUCGGGCUUAUUUAAUUUUACGCACUGCGUAUGUGCAAAUAUGACCAAUAUACAAUUUAAAGUUAUGAAAAAUUCACAAGAAUGAAUUUCUUUUUAAUGCGAAGGGGCAUUAUUUGCAAAUAAAGUAUAUAAGCUUACUUAGCAAAUAAAGUAUAUAAUAAUUGAUUUGCUGGUUGAACAAAUAAAUAUUGACGCUGGUUGAAA